UGUAUUUGUUCGCUCUGCCCCUACAUAUGUAAAAAAAAUAGUUCUAUUAUUGACUGUUAUCUGCCAAAACAGAAAUCAACCACAAUCAUGGACGAAUAUGAUGACAUGUACGGGAUCGAAGAUGAUUUUGAGCAACAGUUUGCGGAUGAACUGGAAGUGAUGGCGGAAAUGGACCGUGAGUCAGACAGAUUUGAGCCUCCACUAUGUGCAAAAGUGUCUGAAUUACGCAAUAAGAAACAGAUCUCACAGACGUUUGAGGAGGCCAUCGGGUCAGGUGACCUGCCAUCAAGUAAAUCGGUGAAUAACCAGCAUCUUGUGAGCACCACAGCGAGCAUCUCACCUCCAGCAUGUGAGGACGAGGAGUCCUUGACCCCUAAACCCAAGAAACGGAGACAAGAUGUGGUGAAAAAGCUUGAGUUUUGUGUUGAACAUGGUGAUGACAUCACCCCUCCUUCUUCCCCAGAGAUUUACGAUAAGUCAGCGAGACAUGGGCCUGGAGUUUCGCUGACUUUCAGUCCUGUCAGACCAGCAGCUACCAAGAUAUCAACCAAUGUGUUGGAUAUUAGUGGACUGGCAGCUUUGCAGGAGUCACCAAAGAGGAUCACUGCAGCAAGACGCCAUUCCCAAAAACGAACGCCAGCAAUCGGAGAUUACAUCACUGUCACAGACUCCAUGGGGAACAGAGUCUAUCUUAGUAAGAAAGAGGAAGAGGAGAAGGCGCCAGACCCAAGAGCCUUCCGUAACUCAUUGAAUGGACUCGGACUGCUAGCUGUUCCCAUUGAAGUGCUGAAAGAACAAAUUGCAGAGCGACGCCAUCGACAAAUGGUUGAAGAAUCUCAAAAACUGACAGAACUGAUGAAUAGUGGUAUAGAUCCAGAGCUUCUAGCAGAAGAGCAGACAGACUCUGGUGUGGAUGGUGAGAGUAGGGAAGAAGGCUCUUCCUCUCGGCUGUGGGUGGAUCAGUUCUCGCCAAAGCACUACACAGAGCUACUGAGUGAUGAUUUCACUAACCGCUGUCUGCUGAAGUGGCUGAAGCUUUGGGACACUGUGGUCUUUGGGAGAGAGAGGAAAAUCCGUCCAGCUCCUGCAGACGCAAGAUCGAAUUUUACAAACGCUCAAAACCAAAACCAAUCUCAGCGUUUCAAAACCAAGAGUCAAAUCACAGAAGAGAUCCUGGAGGCUGAACUAGACCAGUACAAAAGACCGAAAUUUAAGGUGGCACUUUUAUCAGGUCCUCCUGGACUGGGGAAGACCACGCUUGCUCAUAUUAUUGCAAAACAUGCCGGAUACAAUGUGGUGGAAAUCAAUGCUAGUGAUGACCGGAGUGCAGAGCUCUUCCAGAAACGUAUUGAUACAGCGACACAGAUGAAGUCAGUCCUGGGAGCCAAUGAGAAGCCCAACUGCCUUAUUAUAGAUGAAAUUGAUGGAGCUCCUUCUGCUGCCAUCAAUAUCUUAUUGGCCACCUUGAACAGGAAGGAUAGCAAAGAGGUGGAGGAGUCAGGCGUUAAUGCCUUGAAAAAGAAAAAGAAGAAACAAACUGUGCUGCUUAGACCAAUUAUUUGCAUCUGCAAUGACCUUUAUGUGCCAGCUCUGAGGCCCCUGAGACAGCAAGCGUUCCUAUUGGCCUUUCCACAGACACUGCCCUCCCGCUUGGCUCAAAGACUGACUGAGAUCACACGUCGUCAGGGUAUGAAGGCAGAUACUGGCACUCUGAUGAUCUUGUGUGAAAAGACCGAGAAUGACAUUCGUGCUUGCAUCAACACAUUACAGUUUUUACACAGCCGUGGACAGAAGCACUUGGAUCAGCGCAGUGUUAGUUCCAUGUGUGUUGGGUUGAAAGAUCAAAACAAGGGACUCUUCUCAGUUUGGCAGGAAAUCUUCCAGCUUCCUCGAUUGAAAAGGAAGCGGAUUGGUGGAGAUCCUUUUGGAGGUUUUGAUGAGGCGGGGCCUAAAGAUGGCGUACAAAGACUUCAGCACAUCUUACACGUGGUCUCAUCUAAUGGAGAGCAUGAGAAACUUACUCAGGGUUUGUAUGAUAACUUCCUCAGUAUGAAGCUUAAGGACCCAGGGAUGUUGGGUGUGUGUGCAGGGCUUGACUGGUUGUGUUUCACCGACCUGUUGAAUGAGUGCGUGUUACAUGGACAAAACUACACUCUCAUGCGAUACCUCCCUUUCCUGCCCGCUGCCUUCCACCACCUAUACGCUGCAAACUCUGUCCCACGCAUCAGUUACCCACACAGCCACUAUGAGGCUUUAACUAAAACCCAACACACAAAGAAUGCACUGAUUGCCAUGUUGAAUGACAUCCCACCUGCUGUACAGAGUCGUGUUUGCAUGAACAAUCUCUGUUUGGACAUUCUCAGCCUUCUACUGGAUCUCAUCUCCCCCAAACUGCGGCCAGUGAACCCUCAGCUUUACAGCACCAGGGAAAAGCAGCAGCUCUAUGAUUUGAUCGACACCAUGAUCAACUACAACCUGACCUACAGACAAGACCGCUCACCAGAGGGACAGUACGCUUAUGUGCUGGAGCCUAAUGUGGAAGAUGUGGUGCGGUUUCCUGGUUUGCCUCCGCGGAGGCAGUUAACCUAUCAGGUGAAGCAGCUGAUCGCCAGAGAGACGGAACUAGAGAAGAUGAGGAGGUUGGAGAGGGCCCAACAGAAACGCAACCCACAAAAAACUGAGGUAGUUAAAAAAGAUCCAGAGGAGAAGAAAGCGGACGUUAAGAAACCGACGAGCAUGAACCAUCAGCUGAGGCUGGAAAACAUUGUUAAACAGACUGUGGUGGAAAGCAGGCCUGAAUUGGAUUUCUUUGGACGAGCCAUUGAACCCAAGGAAAAGCUUGUUGUCACCACUACAAGUGAAGAUGGCAAAGAAGGUGCGGUUGUGCAGAUCGGUAAAGCUGUGGGUAACAGUGAUGUUUGGUUUCGCUUCAAUGAGGGCGUCUCCAAUGCAGUGCGUAGAAAUGUUUACAUUCGGGAGUUACUUUAAAGUGUUGUG